AUGGCGCGCGGCAAUUGGAUGCGACUUGAUGGUCGGAACGAGGGCGGACAGGUGGUGUGCCUGCUGCUUCUGCUUGUGUUGAUUGCCGUCGCUUGUGGAUGUGCUUUGGCGACAUUUGCUACUGCAGCAGAUGCACCAAAACCCGUGGGGAUAUUGCAGUCGAACUCCUCAUGGAGGGGAACUGCUCACUCAGUGGUCCAGUUGCCCAACUUCACAAUGGUUCUUCCAGCUGGCACAGUGGGAGAUGACUUUGUCUUCCUCGGGCAUGGCAGCUGCAUCAAUCAGCAGGGGGAGAGAUUCUUCGGUCCUGUCUUGGACUACGCAUCAACUCCCAGAGCUGAUGGCACAAGCCCAGAAUGCACGAAGCUGUGCCAGAUGGUACCAUCGUGCAGCGGGUAUGAGGUGCGAGGGAACGCUACUAUGGAGAAGUGCUUCAUCUUCGCAGAUGGAAUAUUUCAUCCCAGCGCUGCUCGCGGUGGUGUCGAUGUCAAAUGUUUCUGGAAGCAUCCCAUUGCCAAAGACACCCAGACAGCCUACAGUGAUUUGCUGCUGCCAGUCCCAAAGAUUAUCUGGAGCUUUUGGAAGACGCUGCCGGGAUCACCAAAGGUGCUGCAGCUCUUCGUGGAUGCUUGUUUGGCAUCCUGGAAAGCACUGAAUCCUGAAUACGAGAUUCGAGUUCUGGAUGAUGAGACAGUCCACGAGUUCUUAACAGCUGAGGAUUUGCCACAGACUUUUGAUUUCCUGACCAUCCAGCACAAGUCGGAUGCAAUCAGACUAGCAUUGCUCCUGAAAUAUGGUGGCGUGUGGCUGGACACGACAACGUUGAUGACACAUUCUCUCGAGAGCCUUUUGGGCACCGAUCUGGCGGUGCGGACCUUUUUCUCGUUGCCACCGAUCUGGGAGGAUCAGACGCUCCGGGCCAAUGACACUCGUGUGAGCUGGAAAGACCAUGCCUACAAUUGGUUCUUGGAGUCACCUCCCGGUGAUCUCUUCAUGCAACGAGUCAAAGAAUGUGCCUGGCAGUUCCUCAAUGGAGUGAGUCGACAUGACUUGCGACUCACGGGGAUGUUUACCCCGCAACAACUGGAGAUCAUGAAUCGCCUGGGGAUUCGGACAUACCUCUCCUCGGAUGCCUGCAUCUUCAGGACCAUCUUUGAAGACCGUGCGCUCUGGACGUGGUUUCACAGUGAUCGAGUGAGGAUCCACGACCCCACGGGCAAACUUGGCUUCGGAUGGAUGGCCAACAUGACUCACCUCGGGGUGCGAAUCUUUAAUCGUGUCGACCAUGAGCUGGCAGAUGAGUUUAUCAAUGACAAGGGUUUGUUCAUGAAAUAUACUUCGGACAUGCGCAAGGCUAUGGUGCUUAUUAUGGAGCCUGAAGUAAUUUGGUGUCGACAAAACACGUUCCGCCUGGUCAUGGAUGCCAUCGGCGUCGACUCAGCCAGCCGCUGCCACAGCGUUUCAGAAGUCACCGCGCCCAAUGCGUAG